AUGGAGGUCGCCUUGCUAACGGCCGGAGCCUCUGUCACUGGAGCCGUCUUCGGCAUCCUUGCAGGACGUGGCUUCAGGCGGGACCGCGACCUGGUCAGUGAGCCUGAAGCAUUGGUUCCUUAUGUGGGAGAGCGCCCAGCAAAGGCCCGGCGGCUCGCCCGAGCUUCCGAGGUUUCCACGGAACUGCAGCGCAUGUUCCUCGUGCGAGAUGCGACCACACAGAUUGCACAGGAGAUGCUCACAUUGAGACAGGAUCUUCAGCUUUGUCGCUGUGCCCAGCUUCAAAGCUGCAAGCAGCUCCGUCUGGGUCAGCUGGACGCGAAAGAGAUUCAAGAGCACGUGGCCAUGCUUUCGCUCCUGGGAAGCAGGCUCGGCAUUGAUCCAACGUUGAUAGCUGCCCUUCCUUCCGCCGCUGCAGGGGCAAGGCAUGCCACUGAGAAGAACCAGUUCGGCAAUCAGACAUUUUAUCAACCACUCGCCGAGCGAGUGGCAGUGAUGGCGCCCCCGGCAAGUUACAACGACAAGACCUUCGCAGAUGUCCCAAAAAAGGACGCGAAGCCGGGAGUCGGAUUCAUUCUGUGUUUGUGGGCGUUCUUCAUUCUGAAUCGAGCACUUCAUCCUUUGGUCAUCGACCUCUCCAAGGUUCCCAUCGUGCCCGUCGAUGACACCCAGGCCGAGUAUCCUGUAGGCACGAGGGUGUGUCUGCGAGGAACGGGCAAGUAUUACAAGCCCUGGAAUCACUUCUAUGCCGAUGUCGUAGAUACGUCAGGGGAUACGACAAAGGUGAAAUACAUUGACGGCGGCUACAAGCGCUUCAGCAAGAGACAGUUCAAGAAGUUGUUGAUCCGAGUGCCAAAGGCAGAAGCGGGCAAGUACGAGGUCGGGAUGCGGGUCCUCUUGCACGGCACUGGCAAGUGGUCACAAGGACAGAAGUUUCAUGCGGACAUUGUGGACGUGUCGCGUGAUACAGUGAAGGUGCGCUUCACUGACGGAUCCUACAAGCGCUACGGCAAGGAUGAGUUCGAGGAAGCAUUUGCUACGAAUUCGGCUGACAAGGCCCAGGUGGCCAAAGAGCUUCCCUACAGGAAGAUGACCCCUGUCAUCGCGAAGUCGUUCAUCUGCAUUUUCAUCUUCAACCUCCUGUCUCUUCGGGAUCCGAGGGGAUGGAAGGUGGGGCUCAUCAGCUGCUACACAGGCCCAUCCAUGAAGAUCUACUCCUACAUCGGCCUCCUGUAUGCGGUUGGAGAUUGGUUGGAGAUGAAGUCAAUGGGCUCUAUGGAUGGUGCCGCAUACCAGGUCCUCCUUCAGUCCAAGCUCAUCAUCACAGCACUCAUUCUGUGGGCCAUCAAAGGCGACAAGGCCAAGCAGUCAAAGACGCAGUGGUCCACCCUGACGACACUGACUAUUGGCAUGAUUAUCUUCAUGGUUGCCGAGUCUGGCGCUUCUAAAGGCGCCCCUAAGCAGAGGCAGGCUGCUGGUUUUCUCGGGACUUUCUUCGUCUUGAUGAAGGUCCUGAUCUCCUGCUACGGCGCCGUCGUGACGGACAAGGAGCUAAAGCAGUACAAGGACUUGCCACUCUACGUCCAGCUCAACCAGAUGUUCUUUUCUUGGGGUGUGUUCUCGCUGAUUUUGGCUGCUAUGUUCGAACCGAGAGUUCUCAUUUCGUCCUCUGCAUUCUUCCACGGGUGGAAUGCAGCAACAUGGCUGGUCGUGCUGUCUUUUUCGGUGAAGACCGUCCUGACCAUGACGCUCCUCAAGGUUCUGGACUCUAUCAUGAAGACUAUCGGGGAGGCGGUAGCUGUUCUCGUCAUCUACGCUUUCCAAGUGUUCUUGCCCUUCUUCGGCAAGGAGUUUGAGAUUCAAACCUUUCUGGCGAUGCUGGCAGUGGUGAUGACGGUGACCACCUACAUGUUCCUCAAGGCUCGGUGUAUGUGGAUAUGGUGCUAUCUUCAUGCACGCCGUGACAGGAGGACAAGCCGAAAGAGAUCGAAGCGAAGGAUCCUUGCGAAUUGUUUGAGCUUCCAUCGGUAA